AUGGCCCAGGUCAGCAUCAACAGUGACCUUGGCGAGUGGGGCUUAAGCACAGACUCCGGGGAGCGUGCCCGUCUGCUGCAGAGUCCCUCUGUGGACAUAGCCCCCAAGAGUGAGGGGGAGGCCCCUCCUGGGGGUCUGGGCAGAGGCACCACUUCCACACUUGGAGCCAUCUUCAUCGUUGUCAACGCCUGCCUGGGCGCAGGGCUGCUCAACUUCCCAGCAGCCUUCAGCACUGCCGGGGGAGUGGCAGCUGGCAUCACGCUGCAGAUGGCCAUGCUGGUUUUCAUCAUCAGUGGCCUCGUCAUCCUGGCCUACUGCUCCCAGGCCAGCAAUGAGAGGACCUACCAGGAGGUGGUGUGGGCUGUGUGUGGCAAGCUGACAGGCGUGCUGUGUGAGGUGGCCAUUGCCACCUACACCUUCGGGACCUGCAUCGCCUUCCUCAUCAUCAUCGGGGACCAGCAGGACAAGAUUAUAGCUGUGAUGGCAAAGGAGCCUGAGGGGGCCGGCGGCAGCCCCUGGUACACAGACCGCAAGUUCACCAUCAGCCUCACUGCCUUCCUCUUCAUCCUGCCCCUUUCCAUCCCCAGGGAGAUCGGCUUCCAGAAAUAUGCCAGCUUCCUGAGCGUCGUGGGCACCUGGUAUGUCACUGCCAUCAUUAUCAUCAAAUACAUCUGGCCUGAUAAAGAGAUGACCCCAGCAGACAUCCUGAACAGGCCAGCUUCCUGGAUAGCCGUGUUCAAUGCCAUGCCCACCAUCUGCUUCGGAUUUCAGUGCCACGUGAGCAGUGUACCCGUCUUCAACAGCAUGCGGCAGCCUGAGGUGAAGACCUGGGGUGGGGUGGUGACAGCCGCCAUGGUCAUAGCCCUCGCUGUCUACAUGGGCACAGGCAUCUGUGGCUUCCUGACCUUUGGAGCUGCUGUGGACCCCGACGUGCUCCUGUCCUACCCGUCGGAGGACAUGGCUGUGGCCGUCGCCCGCGCCUUCAUCAUCCUGAGCGUGCUGACCUCCUACCCCAUCCUGCACUUCUGUGGGCGGGCGGUGGUCGAAGGCCUGUGGCUGCGCUACCAGGGGAUGCCGGUGGAGGAGGACGUGGGGCGGGAGCGGCGGCGGCGAGUACUGCAGACGCUGGUCUGGUUCCUGCUCACCCUGCUGCUGGCACUCUUCAUCCCUGACAUCGGCAAGGUCAUCUCGGUCAUUGGAGGCCUGGCCGCCUGCUUCAUCUUCGUCUUCCCAGGGCUGUGCCUCAUUCAAGCCAAACUCUCUGAGAUGGAGGAAGUCAAGCCAGCCAGCUGGUGGGCGAUGGUCAGUUACGGAGUCCUCUUGAUCACCCUGGGAGCCUUCAUCUUCGGCCAGACCACAGCCAACGCCAUUUUUGUGGAUCUCUUGGCAUAACCACUGCCUCCCAGGGAAUUCUUGGCCUUUGCUAUUGGGCCCUGGAACCCAUCUCAUAGAGCUUCAGGACCACCCUGAGUCCGGCAUCAUUCCCCUCUACUGGUGGGAUGACAUCUGGACAUCCUUUUCCAGGGACAGUUCUGGGGUGAAAUCAGGCCCCACACCCCUGGACAGCUCAAACCCAGCUCCCUUCCUGCCCCCGCAUCCUGGCAGUGCCAUGGAUGGUAGGAGAGGAGGUCUCGUGUCACAGAAGAACCUUCCCCCCUCUUCCACCUCUCAACUUCUCCAUGCCUGGAAGCCAUGGGUGAAGAGAGUCGGUAGGUCUUGGAAGGAACAACUCAGCCUGACUUCCCUCUGGAGAAAGAGUGUGGACCAAAGGCUGCCAUCCUCCACAGAGAAGCCUGCCCUGGGUAGGGGCUGUGCUCAUUACCCCGGGACUCAGUGCCUGCUCCAGUCUGUCGGCAGCCCAGCCAGCAGUGGCUUCCUCCGGCAAGUUCCAAAGGUAGCACUGAAGUCAUACAGGUGCGCCGAGGCAGGCAGACUGAUGCCUUGUCCACUGCCUCCUGGGCCUGCGGUGAGCCCGAGAGCCCUCUUGCCCGUGGCUGGUUGACAUUUCCCAAGCCUUUUGGGGCCUCACCCUGUCUUUUUACCCAGACCUGAUGGUCCAGGCGCCCCUCCGCUCCUCCAUCCCCAGACAUCACCAAGUCUAAUGUUUACAAACGGUGCCAGCCCAGCUCUGAGCCAGGGGCCAGGGGCCAGGGGCCGUCCCGUGCCACGGUGCUGUGAGUAGGCCUCCCUUAACUUUCCCCAAGGCGGGGAGUGUGCUUUUCUCUCUCAGAUUCCUGAUGGGUCCCUCUUUUCAGAGGCACAAGGGUGGGUGAGGGAGCAUGCUGGGGACCCCACACAGGCUGGGCUGGUGAGGAUCAAGGUGAACCUGUCUGGCAUCUUCACUUUGAAUGGCUGCUUCUCUUCUCCCUGCCCUGCACGUCUCCCCCUUCCCUGCCAACCCAGCCUGGUACCCUGGAGACAAGAAAGGCAGCUGAGUGGCCACUGACAGGGCAACAUCUGAGUGUAGUCACGCCAGCCUAAAAGUUUCCCUUCCGGUCUGGAUCUUGUCUGCUCCUGACCCCAUCACCUCUUCACCACCACCCCAUUUUUCUAUGUAGCUCAGUCUCUCCUGUUCACAUAAGUAUGGGGGUGGGGGCGGACCAAACCCUCUCUCGUCCACUUCCUCAGCUCCACACGUCUACCAGGCCUGGCCUCGGAGGCCUGUCGGUCACACUGAGGUCACGCCUACGUUGUGCCCCAGGGGGGGUGAGGAAGGAUAUUUUCCCCUUUCAUAUUUUGAACACCUUGGCCACUCACUUAGGCCAACCCUAGGCACCGUAUCAGGCCUCCUCUGCCUGGAACACCCAGCAUUUUCCCUGGCCCCUCGUGCCUAAAACCUCUGAAUGCAGUGGUGGGGUGAGAGGGGUCCCUGCCCUCAGGGCCGUGAGACAGAAGAAGCAGAGCCUGGUUGGGGCCAAAUAGGCUUCUGCUCAGACCCCCGGACUGGGUGACCUGCCUUUCCUCACAUUCCCUGGGGUCCAGACCCACGUGGCCAUUUUCUCAGUCUGCUGCACAGCACCAGGCCCUGCCAGUGCCCACCCCGGAUACAGUUAGGAGGACGGCCCAUCAUCAGCAGGGCUGCACUGCCUCCUAAUGUUGGAUUUCAGUGAGGGGUGGGGGGAUGUAAGGGGAAAAUGAGCUGGAAUCUGGCCUAACCUCAGGAGCACCUUCCCCUGCCCUCUCUGCCAGGGCAUUUUACUGUUUCUUUUCUACUUGUGCACAUUCAGACCAGGGAGGAUGGUUAAUAAAAAGGGACUUGUGAUGCUGA